UAAGCAAGUAGGGAUUAUGAGGGCCUUCAAAGUCUAGAACUCUUUCUUCCUUUUGUUUCAAGGCAAGCUACAAAAGUAAGGAAUCCAUUUCAAGUUCCUUGCAGCUUCUGAACUCUACCUCACUGUUCAUAUCUUACUUAUUUUCUCCUAUAAAUUGUGCUUCUUUCUGGUGUUUUUCUGUGCAAACUUUUCUGGGUUGUUGUUGGUUUCUGUCAAGCUUUUGAGAUUUUGACAAAGGAGAAUAUUAAUCCUGAAACUUGAGAAAAUUUAAGGAAGAAAAAAUGGGAGUUGGAGGGACCUUGGAGUAUUUGUCUGACUUGAUAGGAAGUGGUGGCCAUAAAAACAAGAAGAAGAAGAAGAAACAAUUACACACUGUUGAUCUCAAAGUCAGAAUGGACUGUGAUGGCUGUGAACGCAAGGUCAAGAAUGCCCUCUCUUCAUUAAGUGGGGUGAAGUCAGUGGAGAUAAACAGGAAGCAGCAGAAGGUGACUGUGACAGGAUAUGUGGAGGCUAACAAGGUGUUGAAGAAGGCAAAAUCGACAGGGAAAAAGGCAGAGAUAUGGCCAUAUGUGCCAUACAAUUUGGUAGCUCACCCAUACAUUGCUCCUGUUUAUGACAAGAAGGCUCCUCCUGGUUAUGUCAGGAGGGUUGAAAAUCCUGCAACUGAUGGCACUGUGACAACAUAUGGCUCUGCAGAUCCUUACAUCACCAUGUUCAGUGAUGACAAUCCUAAUGCUUGCUCUAUUAUGUAGAUUGGAAUAAAAUUCCAUAUUUUGAUUUUGAUCUUUAUCUUCUUCAUUUUUGUUUUGUAAUUUUGUUGUCGUAAUUGAGAAGAUUUAAGUUUCUCUGUGAUGUAUUCUGCAAAUAAAGAUUGAAGAGAAGAUGUUCUUAUCUAUCUCUUAAACAUUUUACUAA